CCGCUUGAGUCCAGCCAUCAUGCCUCUCCGUGCCCUGUGCACUAUCUGCUCGGACUUCUUUAACCACUCCCGCGACGUGGAGCCCAUCCACUGUGGACAUACCUUCCACCUUCAGUGCCUAAUUCAGUGGUUUGAGACAGCACCAAGUCGGACUUGCCCACAAUGCCGAAUCCAGGUUGGCAAAAGAACCAUUAUCAAUAAGCUCUUCUUUGACCUUGCCCAGGAGGAGGAGAGUGUCUUGGAUGCAGAAUUCUUAAAGAAUGAACUGGAUAACAUCAGAGCCCAGCUUUCCCAGAAAGAAAGAGAGACGGACAGCCAGAUUAUUAUCGACACUCUGGAAGAGCGCAACACCACUGUGGAAUCUCUGCAAAAGGCCUUAGGCAAGGCUGAGAUACUAUGCUCUACACUCAAAAAGCAGAUGAAGUUCUUGGAGCAGCAACGAGAUGAGACUAAACAAGCACAGGAGGAAGCCCGCCGACUCAGGAGCAAGAUGAAGACCAUGGAGCAGAUUGAGAUCCUACUCCAGAGUCAGCGGCCUGAGGUGGAGGAAGUGAUUCGAGACAUGGGUGUGGGACAAUCAGCGGUGAAGCAACUGGCUGUGUAUUGUGUGUCUCUCAAGAAAGAGUAUGAGAAUCUAAAAGAGGCCCGGAAGGCCACGGAGGAGUUGGCUAACAAGCUGAGGAAGGACUUGGUCUCCUCCAAAAGCAAGUUGCAGACAGUCUACUCUGAAUUGGAUCAGGCCAAGUUGGAGCUGAGAGUGGCCCAAAAGGACUUACAGAAUACUGAAAAGGAAAUCACGAGCCUGAAAAAGAAGCUAAUGAUGUUGCAGGAAACCUUGAACCUGCCACCAAUGGCCAGUGAGACUGUCAACCGCCUGGUUUUAGAGAGCCCAGCUCCUGUGGAGAUGCUGGACCUGAAGUUCCGCAGGCCAUCAUUCGGUGAUGAUGUUGACCUCCAUGCUUCCUUCAAUGUGGAUACUCCCCAAACCCAGCCCUCCAACUCCCAGCAUGGCCACUCCAAAAGGCUAUGCCUUGAGAAGGCACACUCUCCUGUUCAGGACAUUCUCAAGAAGAUGCCCAGAGGUCCCAAGCAGAAGUUCCAGCUCUCUUUGGCUGGCCAGCACUGUUCAAGAGAACCAGAUGAGGACCUGGCUGGUGCCUUCCCUGUCUUUAUCCGGAAUGCUGUUCUGGGACAGAAACAGCCAAAGAGGGCCAUAGCAAAGUCCUGUCGCAGCACAGAUGUGGUAAGAACAGGUUUUGAUGGCCUUGGAGGCCGGACAAAAUUCAUACAGCCUACUAACACAGCCAUGAUUCACCCACUACCUGUUAAGCCCAAGACGAAGGCUAAGCAGAGAGUGAGGGUGAGGACUAUAAACCCUUCCUCCCAGGCCAUGUUGGAUACCUUCCUGUGGCAAUGA